AUGGGCAGUGAGCGCCCAGGUCCACCCCUGCCGCCAGCGCCCGGCCUGGAGGAGGGCCUGGACGCAAAAGGGGGCGGCAGCCCUGCCCCGCCGGACGACGCCCUGAGCCCCGCGCCUCCCGCGCUCCCCGCGCUCCCGCGCCGCCCGCAGCCCCUGGACGAGGACGCGGGGCCCAGCGAGGACGCGGCGCCCACGGGCGCCGAGGGAAGCGAGCCGGCUCCGGAGGAGGCCCGGGCCGCGGCGGCGGGCGAGUACGGCAGCCCCGCGGCUGGCGUGCCUGCCCCGCCCCCCGGGGAGCACAGGCCGCUGCCCAAGGACUACAUGGUGGAGUCGGCGCUGGCCACCCUCUUCUGCUGCCUGCUCACCGGGCUCGUGGCCAUCGUGUACGCCCAUGAGACCCGUGCAGCCCUGGGCAGGGGCGACCUGGCCCAGGCCGAGGCGGCUUCACGGAAGGCCCGCUCGCUGGUGCUGUUUAGCCUGCUCUUCGGGGUCUUCGUGUCCACCAGCUGGGUCAUCUACGUGGUGGUGGCACUCUACCUCCCCUGAAGAUGCCCGGCGGUAACCAGCCUGGCCAGACCCUCCCUUGUGGACUCUGAGCUCCGCCGGUGGCCAGCUGUCGCCUACAGAACGGACCCAGGGGCCAGAUGAGGGUGAGCUUGGCAGCCCUCAGCAGACUUGUGGCUGGACCUCAGCCCCCACCGGCGGCUCACUGAGGCCCCAGGCAGUGUCCCAACGUGAGGCGGUCCCAGAGCCCAGAC